UUUUAGGCUCGGAACUCCUGUAAACAAACGUCUCGCCAAACAUUCGGAAGAGAAAACACUCCCUUUCCUGUCGCUCGAGGUUCAGCCAUUGGACCGUUGAACCACAGAACCGCUGAACCACUGAGCCACUGAACCGCCAGCGCCUCUGUUCGGGAGCUGGCAGCGGGGCACAGGUCAACCGCGCCUCUGGAGUGCCACUCUCCGAUUUCCUUCUGCAACUUGAGGACUACAACCCGACGAUCCCAGAUGCUGUUACAGCCUAUUAUCUCAACUCCUCAGGCUUUGAAGCGGCUGAUGGCAGGCUCGUGCGCCUGAUCUCCCUGGCGGCGCAGAAGUUCAUCUCGGACAUCACCAACGACGCCCUCCAGCACUGCAAGAUGCGGGGGUCGCAGCAGUCCAGCAGUAAGACGAAGGGCAAGGACAAGCGCUACACCCUCACCAUGGAGGACCUCACCCCCGUGCUGGCCGAGUACGGGAUCUCCGUCAAGAAGCCGCAUUACUACAUCUGAGGGGCCUCCGCGUGCAAUUGCUCCGCUGUUCCCCCGCGCGCGUGUGUGUGUUUCGUCGGGUUGUCGUGUAGGUGGGGGGGUGGGGGGUGUUGGUGACGUGCGGUCUCUUUUGUUUUAUUUAUGGUUGGCUGUUUUAUGUAGUGGUUGGGUCUGGGUUAGGAGAGAGACUGUUGUUUUUGGCUGUCUCAGAAGUUUUGGUUUGUAGUUGUUUGUGGACCUCCUAUUCUUUAUUAUCCUUUGCUCCCUUCUCCCAUCAUGGUCUUCCGUGUGGGCUAGCUGAUGAGAGGCAAAUAUAUAUAUUUACUUCUAAGUGUGUGUGUCAUUUAGAAACAGGGGUUUUUCAUCUUUUUCUUAUAUUUCUAUGAAGAGAUCGAUAUAUGAUUUUUUUUUAAAUGAGAUUAACAGAUUUUGUAUAGUUGAAUAUUAACCCGCCCUGCAGUUCGUUGUAUUUGUUGUCUAGAAUUUUUUUUUGGUAUAAUUAUCACGAAAUUCGAAAAGAGCGUUUUCUUACUAUCAAAAUGGGAAUUUUGAAUGGAAGUUGAAUGAUUGUGCAUGGUAAUAAAAAACUAUUAAAAACUCU